GUUUGAAACAAUAUAAAGCAGUCAUUCUUCCGUGUGUACACUGAUUAUUGUGUGAAGCUGUUUAUUAAAGGCAGUCAAUCGAGAACAUGAAAAUAAUCACACUUUUGUUUUUGAUGCUGUUCACAUUAUCAAAUAUUUAUGAAUCAGCUAAUGCAUUGCAAAUGUAUCUCCAUGAAAGUCAGUGUAUUUCUGAUUUACAACAGCUAAUGGAUGAAUGUGGAGAUGAAUAUUUUUCGAAAUUCUAUGCAAGAGAACGUUACAAAAGACGUGAUAGAUUUCGAGGUUGAAUAGAAGACAUUUGAUUUUGAAGAAAUGCAUAGUUACAAUGAUAAUUCUGGAUAAUACAAUUCCUUCUCAAAUUUUACUAGAUAUUACAACAUAGUACAAUUUGUGAAUAUAUGUUGUUACAUUAAUUGAAAGAAUAUACAUGACAUGUUUGAUUUCAA